UGCCGCGCGUGGCUUUGCGACGCGGUGCGUUGGUCCACCGACACGGAGGUGUGGCCAGUGUGGUGCUGUGGCGUAUUGCUCCGUCUCUCAUCAGGUUUUGUAACUUCUGCUUACUCUCUCUCUCUAAGCCUUGUUCUUCUUCAUCGACCUAAUCGGUUCUGGAGAAACAAAGAAGUGGUGAUUUGAUCGUUCUCUUGUAAGCUAGUUAAAUAGACUUCACAUUGGAGCUAUCACAAGGAAGAGUGUGAGAGAUUAGAAGAGCAAAUGCGUCGUGUUGAUCUGUUGAAUGAUUUCCCAUUCACAUUUACAGAAGAAGCUACGGUUCAGGUUAGUCGAAAACAGGAGAGCAGGUGCUCGUUUCUCAGCAAAAGGGAUUUACAUCAUGUUGGAAUGUGGAUGUAUGAGUGUAACUGUGGAGCCUCUGCUUCUUUUUCGUCUUAUCAUAGUUUUAAUAAUGAAGGUUGGCAUCUGCCGAGCUCUUCGUGUCCAUGUCGUGGCCCUUUAUGUCAAGUUACAAAACAGCUUUGUAGUUGGACGGACUAUUUCGAGUGGAGAAAGAUACCUCUAGAUUCUCCUGUAGCUCUACUUCUCCACUGGCCACUUACGAUAUAUCAUGCACUUCAAGCCAUUGGGAUGGGAAAUUUGACUCCCCAAAUAAGUUAUGAACUUCGUAUACAUUAUCUUGGGCCUCAGAAAGAGCUUGGCCAACUUGGUGUCUUCGCUGAGCUGCUAGCUCUCUUCCCUGGUUUUCGCAUACGCAUAGAGCUUGUUGGACCUGACGUUCCACAACGAAUGGAUGGAGAGAUGGUCUCGCUUAGCAGAUACUCCCGUUGCAUGGAAGAAGAAUGCGAAUGUAAGUAUUCAAGCGAAAUUCCCAAUCCCGGUAAAGAAUCUGCCUUGUCUUCAGCUGUGUCGUUACAGCUCCAUAGAGGAUUUUACCAUGAUCGUUACAGUGACAUAACAAAGGAUUCACCUCCUCCUCACAUAGUGAUUGCUCCAAACGCUGGUGUCGCUGCAUAUCCAAGUUGGUUGCCAACUAUUGAACUGAUAAAGGAGAUAAAAGUCCCAGCUGUAUUCACUGAUUACUGUGAAGAAGCUUGUCAUUUGGCGGCUUGUUGCAUUAAAACAAUCACAGGACAACCUCUAUCAUUACCUAUUGAGUUGAAUCCAUUUAGACAGCCGAUGGCGGUGGAGGAGAGUCCUCUGUUGAUCCCUUGCUACUCAAACUGCUUCAUCUUCGCAAUGUAAAAACUCUACAAAAUUAAUGCAUUUGACCAAACAUUAUCUAUUCAAUAAAUGUAGUACCAUGUCACAUCAUUUUG